CGUGUGCGUGCACGGAGUUCAUACCGUGCGAGGAAGCGCUCGUCUUUUUUAUUCUACUCAGGACGCAUCCAAACGUACACAACACACUUUGUAACAACGUGCUUUUUUCUUUUUCUACAGAAAAAAAAGAAAGAAAAGAACAACGUUGCAUUGAGUUGAUGCAACAAAAAAGAAAAAAAAAAAAAAAAAAGGACGCACCUCCAUGUUACUUUGGAUAAGGACGCCGGGCAAGGACACCGCACUACACCGCUGAUGCUGAUGCUGAUCCGGGCGGGAUAGGACCCACUGACCGGUCUCUCUCUCUUUUUUUUUUUUUUUUUUUUUUAGAUCUGCACACCUUUGUCACGCAUCUGGAUGCUUUUUGUCCUUGCUUUUUUUUUUUUUUUGGAACAAGGGUGACUCACUGCGUGCAAAAGGCGAGCCUCUGCAUCCUAAUCACACAGCAGCUCAUUGACAUUACAGUCAGACUUUUCUGGAGCCCUUUUUUAUUUAUUUAUUUAUUUAUUUAUUUCCACUGCUGCUGCAUUGUAGCCUGCAAAGAAGAAAAAGGGCAAAAGGAUACACAUUCCCUCCUUUUGGAACUAUAUCUGGACUAAAAUCCACUUCAUUUAGGUGGUGUCAAUUUGCAUUCGCCAUGACUAUUCCGUUCGGAGAGUGGAUCAUGAUUAUUGCUCAGAUGACUCUGAGUGCGGCGUUGAAUUUAAAUUAGGUGUUCGGCGACCACAGAUUGCCGGGAGAGGCGGAGGAGGAGUGCAAGAGAUAAAACACAAUCCGCCGAGGCGAAUGCCGAGACCUCGCGUGAUGACCAGGACUCUUUUUUGGAAGUGAUAAGACGGAGCUGUAGCGGGGGACAAAAAAAUAUAUAUCAACAGGUCAACGCAGCUUGAAGCCACUUCCAGAGAGUGGGGAUGUAUCUUUCUGUUUUUUUUUUCCUCCUCUUGUGGGCUCGAGCCCUGACGCUGAAGAACUUGAAUUACUCCGUCCCCGAGGAGCAAGGACCGGGGACGGUGAUCGGAAACAUCGCCAAAGAUGCCCGACUCGGCCUGGAGCAGACCGGGCAGGGCGGGCAGGGGAAGAAAGCCAACUUCAGGGUGCUGGAGAACUCGGCGCCGCAUCUCAUCGACGUGGACCCCCAGAGUGGACUGCUCUAUACAAAACAGCGCAUUGACCGAGAGACUUUGUGUAAAAGAAACCCCAAGUGCCAGCUCUCCAUGGAGGUGUUUGCGAACGACAAGGAGAUCUGCAUGAUUAAAAUAGACAUCCAAGACAUAAAUGACAACUCCCCGAGUUUCCCCUCUGACCAGAUCGACAUUGACAUAUCUGAAAAUGCAGUCCCGGGGACACGUUUCCCCCUGACCAGCGCUCAUGAUCCAGAUGCAGGGGAAAAUGGUCUGAAAACCUAUCAGAUAACACGCGAUGACUACAAUCUCUUUUCCUUGGAGGUAAAAUCCCGCGGGGAUGGAACUAAGUUCCCAGAAUUGAUCAUCCAAAGGCCACUAGACCGGGAAGAAAGAAACCAUCACACCCUUAUUUUGUCAGCAACUGAUGGCGGGGAAUAUUCAAGGUCUGGCACCAUGCAGAUAAACGUUAAAGUUAUCGAUUCAAAUGACAACAGCCCGGUGUUUGACCAGCCCUCGUAUGUUGUUGAAAUUCCUGAAAACUCCCCUCCCGGUAAAGUCUUGAUAGAUUUAAACGCCACCGACCCUGACGAGGGCAACAAUGGACAGGUGGUCUAUUCUUUCAGUGGCUAUGCCCCAGAGAGAAUCCGGGAGCUGUUCUCCAUAGAUUCUAGAACAGGGGUCAUCAAGAUUCAGGGCGAAAUUGACUACGAAGAGAGCCCUGUUAUUGAGAUCGACGUACAGGCAAAGGACCUCGGCCCCAAUCCCAUCCCGGGCCAUUGUAAAGUCACCGUUAAAGUGCUUGACAGGAACGAUAACUGGCCCUCUAUUGGCUUUGUGUCGGUACGACAGGGAGCCAUCAGCGAGGCGGCACCUUCAGGCACUGUUAUUGCUCUGGUCCGGGUCACGGACAAGGACUCAGGCAGGAACGGCCAGCUUCAAUGCAGAGUGCUGGGUAACGUCCCCUUUAAACUAGAAGAGAAUUACGAUAACUUCUACACCGUCGUGACGGAAAGACCGUUGGACAGAGAGGCGCAAGACGAGUACAACGUCACCAUUGUGGCAAAGGACAACGGCAUUCCACCUCUGAACUCCACAAAAUCUUUCACCGUAAAGAUUUUGGAUGAGAACGACAACGUCCCGCGCUUUACUAAGUCGGUUUACCUACUGCAGAUACCGGAGAACAACAUACCGGGAGAGUUCCUGGGUUCAGUGCUUGCUCAUGACCCGGAUCUCGGACAAAACGGCACGGUGUACUACAGCAUUAUUAACUCCAACGUGAGCGGGGGUGAUGUCAACACCUACGUAAACGUGAACGCCGCCAACGGAGCCAUAUAUGCAGUCAGAUCGUUCAACUAUGAGCAGAUCAAAUACUUUGACUUCAAAGUACUCGCUCGGGACGCAGGAUCGCCCCACCUGGAGAGCAACACAACGGUGCGCAUCAGUAUUCUGGACGUAAACGAUAACAUCCCUGUCAUCGUUCUCCCGCUUCUACAAAACGACACCGCUGAAAUCCACGUGCCGCGGAACGUCGGGGUGGGCUACAUUGUCACCACGGUGAGGGCAGUGGACAAUGACUACGGCGAAAGCGGGAGACUCACAUACGAGAUCUCGGACGGGAACGAGGAGCACCUUUUCGAGAUGGAUCCAGCGACCGGUGAGGUGCGAACAGCCCACCCUUUCUGGGAGAACGCCAGUCCCGCCGUGGAGCUGAUCAUCCGCGUGUCGGACCACGGCAAGCCCACCCUCACCACCGCGGCGAGGCUCAUCAUCAAGGCCUCCAACGGACAUCCCGCUGACGGACUGCUGCAUGUCGACAACCAUCAGAAGUGGGACAUGUCCCUGCCUCUCAUCGUGACUCUGAGCAUCAUCUCAAUCAUGCUUCUGGCUGCCAUGGUCACCAUAGCCGUCAAGUGCAAACGGGAAAACAAGGAGAUACGGACCUAUAACUGUCGAAUCGCAGAAUACUCGCAUCCUCAGCUGGGGAAAGGAAAGAAAAAGAAGCUUAACAAGAACGACAUCAUGCUGGUGCAGAGCGAGGUGGAGGAGCGGGAUGCCAUGAAUGUGAUGAAUGUGGUAAGCAGUCCUUCCUUGGCCACCUCUCCCAUGUACUUUGACUACCAGACACGCCUGCCACUCAGCUCACCGAGAUCAGAAGUCAUGUACCUUAAGCCCACUACCAAUAACCUCAGCGUGCCCCAAGGCCACGUGGGAUGCCACACCAGCUUCACAGGCCCAGUCACCAGCACUACAGACACACCUACUAACCGCAUGUCCAUCAUACAGACGGACAGUUUCCCCGCUGAGCCUAAUUACAUGGGAAGCAGACAGCAGUUUGUUCAAAGCAGUUCGACGUUCAAAGACCCGGAGCGAGCGAGCCUGAGAGACAGCGGCCACGGCGACAGCGACCAGGCCGACAGCGACCAGGACACCAACAAAGGCUCCUGCUGCGACAUGUCGGCCAAGGAAGCUCUCAAGCUCAAGGCUUCGGGCGUUCGACCGCCCCCUCUGGAGCAAGACCACGAUCUUGGGCCCGGGCCCCUGAACAACCGCCGAGUGCCGGGCUGGGGAAGUUAUUGUAAAAAGGCGUAA